AUGGGAUCAUUGGGAUAUCCGACAGCUGCCCUCCUAGUCUUCCAAGAAACUACGACUCCAUCGAAUCACUUCUCUUUAUAUAUAAACCAAAUCUCUCAUUGUUUUCAUCAUCUUCAUCUUCUCUUUAUCUUUCUGCUUGCAUAUACACAUCUAGCUAUAUAUCUUUCCUUGGUUUUUGAAGAGCUUUCAACCUUGAGUUCAAGUGAUCAGCUUCCUACCUCUGCAAAAGGUCCUUAUGUAGUGGCUCCACCACCCGCUGGGUAUCCUACAAAAGAUGCCUCCGCCUACUCUCAGACUCAGAAUCCUCCACCUCCGGUGGAAACCAAGUCUAGGGGCGAUGGCUUCUGGAAAGGAUGUUGUGCUGCCUUGUGUUGCUGCUGUGUACUGGACGCAUGCUUCUGAUGAUCAGGAUCCAUACACUUCCAGAGACCUUUCCUAUUGUUUUUCAUACACAAUUUGGAAUCAUUCUUUCUAUGUCAAAGCCGACCAUGUGAUUGGCUCACAUCGUUUUCUUAUUUUAUUUUUUAUUUUUUAUUUUUAUCACCAUUGUAUUUCUUUUUCACGUGUUGUCGUUUAUUAUUAUUUAUUAUUAUGUAGAUAAAUAAUCAAA